GCGGCACAGAAGUUUCUGAAAUUCUCCCAACUCUAUAUUAUAUAUUUAUUGUUAAAACAAAAUGUCAAAUUUUUCGAAGAAUGAAGAAGCCUAUUCUAGCGAUGAAGACUGGAAACAGGAACUUGAUGUAGAUUUAAUUAUAAAGAAGCUAACGGAUGCCCGAAUGAAGCCCUCUGGAACCGAAAUCAAUUUAGACGAGAAUCAAAUUGUAUUAUUAAUUGAUGAAGUGAUAAAAGUAUUCCUAAGCCAACCAAUAUUGUUAGAGCUCGAUGGACCGAUCAACAUUUGUGGUGACGUCCAUGGUCAGUUUUAUGACCUGUUGCGGUUGUUCCAACUCAACGGGUAUCCUCCCGAAGUGAAUUAUCUCUUUUUGGGAGACUACGUAGACAGAGGAUCCAACAGCAUCGAGAUUUUAUGUCUGCUCUUUGCCCUGAAAGUGAAGUACCCAAACAAAGUGUUCCUGCUUCGCGGAAAUCACGAAACGGACACAAUGAAUCAGCUGUACGGGUUUUGCGAGGAAUGCUACCGGCGUUACAGUCCGAACCUCUAUACUCGUUUUUCCGAAUGCUUUCGUUACCUUCCGCUCUGUGCUCUUAUCGGAACUCGGAUCUUCUGCACGCACGGAGGUCUCUCUCCCUACAUUCGCGCCAUCUCCGACAUCGCCUCGAUCGAGCGUCCCUACGACGUUCCCGACGAGGGCCUGGUCUGCGACCUGCUCUGGUCGGACCCCAAGCGCAACCAGACGGAGCGGUGGUGUCCGAACGAGCGGGGCGUGAGCUACACGUUCUCGGAGGAAGUGGUGUUCGAUUUCCUCGAGAAGUUCCACCUGGAUCUGAUCUGUCGAGCGCACCAAGUCGUGGACGAUGGGUACGAGUUCUUCGCGGACACAGGACUGCUCACUAUCUUCUCCGCGCCCAAUUAUGGAGGCAUGCUGACCAACUCGGGAGCGAUGCUCAGCGUGGACGGCGAUUUGCUGUGCACGCUGCAUGUGCUGCGACCGCUCGAGGCGGAGGCCAAGUAUUUUUAUAAUCCACAGCUGGAUUUGGAAGAUGGGAGCGAUGACUCGGAGGAAGAGAUGGAAGUGGAUGAGCCUAGUGGAAAUGUAAAAUGGAGUGUUUGUUUGAAGAUAACGAUGAGAAUGGAGAGGAGAUAG